GGGGGAAUGGCCAUUCCCCCGGCCUUUUUACCCGUUUGCCUCCCCAUGUGCACUUUCCAGCCCUAUCCCAGUGUUUGACCCGAUCGACAGCCCACCCUGGACGUCGCAAUGUCCACCUACGGCUAUGAGGACUGCGUGGCGGGGACAUUCUAUGGCUUCACCAAAACCGAAUUCAACCCCGGAGACACACUCAACCUCCAGUGGGGGGCGAUCGAUGACGGGGCAACUCCACUGAACGUCACAUUAGGGCGGGCGGGAGGAUACAUCGUGGAUGAGAUUAUUGUUGGCGCGGAGUUUACCACAAACAGUGCUCUCUAUCAACUCGUUGUCAACGACACCGCGAACUGCACCCUGGAAGAAUACAGUUGGGCCAUCCCCAACGACUUCAACACCACUGAUCCAGAGUAUCAGAUCGGACUGUUCAACGCAUCGGUCCUCCUGGGUGCUGAUGGUAAUGCUCUGUUUGGCUGGCAGGCUUGGAGUCCCGACUUUUAUGUCCGAGCAGUGAGUACCACAACAACAGGUACAAGUAGCACAACCACCACGGUCGCAGCCAGUGCGACUAGCAGCAACACAUCCACAACCACUUCUGCCACCACAUUCCCGUCUUCCUCUGCGACUCCAUCCUCGUCCGCGGCCUCUGAUAAUCAUACAUCAAACACGGAAACCAUCGGUAUUGGUGUGGGAGUCGGCGUCGGCGUCGCAGCGUUAGCUGGCGUACUUUUAGGCGUAUUCUAUCUUCUGCGCCGCCGUCAAAAGGCCCAAGUUCCAUCACAAGGCUUCGUGGGUGCCCGACAACAAUAUAUACAUGAGUUACCGGCUACAGAGAAGCGACCUCCCAUGUACGAGUUGGCUGGAUAAUAGUAUUCAGUGGACAUUAAGGAUCGGGUGUUCGAAGGGCUGGCAAGGCUACCGCUGUGUCAGUGGAAGAAAACCCAGACCGAGAACAGAUGAUACCCAAUUGUUGCUUUUUUUCUUUUCGGGGGUCGUGGUUGCAUCUAGGACUGUUGGGUUGGAGGUAUCGAGCUCAAUCUGGAGCUAAUCUGGAGCGGACGUAUUGUUCAUAGUGUAUAAUUAAUGUAUAUGAGUGGGUACAUAUGUCCUGUUAUCAGUCACUAUAUGAUCCGGGAAACUGUCUUGUAUCUCUAUAAUUGGAGACGAUAAGUCUGAUAGUGGUAUAGCACGCCAUGGCUUCUAGGAGACAUAUAGGAGGACCAACUCUGAUUGAAUCGCUUGCUAAACAA